UUUGGGCGCUGGUGCGGGACAGCUGGCGCCGGCGGCAGCCAAGGGACUAGAGGCGGUGACUGAGGCGGGGGCCGUGGCGGGACGAAGCGCGCUACGCUGCAGGGAGCCGCUGCAGCCGCUGCCCUGCAAGCAAGAAGAAAGCUCGGCCGAAGGUCCCUUCCUCACUUUUGGAAAUGGCGGGUGAAAUCACAGAGACCGGGGAGCUCUAUUCUCCCUACGUUGGCCUGGUGUACAUGUUUAACCUCAUCGUGGGCACCGGCGCGCUCACCAUGCCCAAGGCCUUUGCCACUGCUGGGUGGCUCGUCAGCCUGGUCCUGCUGGUCUUCCUGGGCUUCAUGAGCUUCGUGACGACCACCUUUGUGGUGGAGGCCAUGGCCGCAGCCAACGCGCAGCUCCGCUGGAAGAGGACGGAAGCCCACCAGGAGGAGGAAGAUGACAACUCCUCCACAGCCUCUGACAGUGACAGUCUCACCCAGGACAACUACGAGCGGGCAGAGACGCGGCCCAUCCUGUCUGUGCAGCGACGUGGAUCUCUGAACCUCUUUGAAAUCACAGACCGGGUGGAAAUGGGACAGAUGGCCUCCAUGUUCUUCAAUAAAGUGGGGGUCAACUUGUUCUACUUCUGCAUCAUCAUUUACCUGUACGGGGACCUGGCCAUCUAUGCUGCUGCCGUGCCCUUCUCCCUCAUGCAGGUGUCCUGCAGCGCCACUGGCAACGACUCCUGCGGGGUGGAGGCCGACGCCAAGUACAAUGACACGGACCCGUGCUGGGGGCCGCUGCGCCGCGUGGACGCCUACCGCAUCUACCUGGCUGUCUUCACUCUCCUCCUGGGACCCUUCACCUUCUUUGACGUCCAGAAGACCAAGUACCUGCAGAUCCUGACCUCCCUGAUGAGGUGGAUCGCCUUCGCCAUCAUGAUCGUGCUGGCCCUGGUCCGCAUCGGGCGCGGCCACGGGGAGGGGCACCCGCCCCUGGCCAACUUCUCCGGGGUCCGGAACCUGUUCGGGGUGUGCGUGUACUCCUUCAUGUGCCAGCACUCCCUGCCGUCCCUCGUCACGCCCGUCUCCUCCAAGCGCCACCUCACACGCCUGGUCUUCCUGGACUACGUGCUGAUCCUGUCCUUCUACGGCCUCCUCUCCUUCACCGCCAUCUUCUGCUUCCGCGGCGACAGGCUCCUGGACAUGUACACCCUCAACUUCGCAGGCUGCGACAUCGUGAGCGUGGCCGCCGUGCGCUUCUUCCUGGGCCUCUUCCCCGUCUUCACCAUCAGCACCAACUUCCCCAUCAUCGCCGUGACCCUGCGCAACAACUGGAAGACUCUCUUCCACCGCGAGGGGGGCACGUACCCCUGGGUGGUGGACCGUGUGGUGUUUCCCACCAUCACCCUGGUGCCCCCGGUGCUGGUGGCCUUCUGCACCCACGACCUGGAGUCCCUGGUGGGCAUCACAGGGGCCUACGCGGGCACCGGCAUCCAGUACGUCACGCCGGCCUUCCUGGUGUACCGCUGCCGCAAGGACACCGCGCUGGCCUUCGGCCACGGCACCGCCAACAAGCACCGGUCCCCUUUCCACCACACCUUCUGGGUGGGCUUUGUCCUGCUCUGGGCUUUCUCCUGCUUCUUCUUCGUCACCGCCAACAUCGUCCUCAGUGAGACCAAGCUCUGAUGAAGACGAGUCUUCCGCCUGCGGGGCCCAGGCUCUGGGCGGGGACCCUGCACGUCUCCAGCCGGAGAUCCUGUCCCUGCCCAGGCUUCCUGCCGCACAGCCUGCACCUCACCUCACCUCCGGGCAGCCUCCCCCAGGUCUCCCGCCGGGGUUGCCCCCAGCCAGGUGAGCCGUGCAUGGCACUUGGCCCUCCCAGACUCCAGGACGGGUUCCUGGGGUUGACCCCUCUGCUCUACGCACACGCCCCCCCACCCCCGUGUCCUGCGCGGUGGAGACGCAGCGCUGGCACUGCCACUAUUUAUACUAGUCACCAUGCCCCCUCCCUCCCGUACCCUUACCUGCGAAAUCUACACUAGAAGCUGCCUCCUCAGGAUGAAUCCCAGGCCCAGACGCACAGGGUCUGCCAGGCUUGGUGUUGCCUUGUGCCACUUCCCUGGCCCGCCCAAUGACGAACAGGAUGGGGAGGUGCUCAUCGGCACGGGCACUGGCGCUGUGAGGGCCCUGCCGUGGCACCAGCUCCUGGCCCAGGUUGCGCCCACGAAGACGCAGGAGCAGCCCUCCCUCGGGGCGCAGCCGCCCGUGCACGGCUCGCAGCCCGAGCUGGGGCCCCCGGGGGGCUGCUCUGCCCUCCCUCGCGGCCUCCUGCAGUGCGGGGGUGGUGCAGGGGGGCCGCUGAAGGGGAGCCGCCCCCGCAGUGACUUGGGAGUGCCCUGGGCCCAUGGCAGUGAGCGGCCUUCGUGGCUCCCGCCCUGUCAGCAGGCAGCCUGUCCCUGUUCCUGCACUGACACUGAGCGCGGCCCCCUGUCCGGCCAGGCUGUGGGGGCUCCGUGUUCACACACCUCACGUCCCUUGGGCGCCAUGGGGUGAGGUGGGGCACUGGCCGCCAUUCCCGUGGAAGGAGGGUCAGGUCCCGUCCACCUCGCCGGCUCCCCGUGACCCCUCCCCGCACAAUCAUGCAUGCACUUUCGGGGCAGCCUUCCUCGGAAGCAGGUGACUGAGGAACUCUGCGUUUUCAAUGUGCCUUCUGCCUCGGGACCUGGGUUCCUUUCUGACCCGCCCCGGCUGCCCCAGCCUGGGGCCCGGCCCCACCGGUCUGGGAGCCCAGAGCCGCUGGGCCUGGAGCUGCCUCUCCGGGGUGGGGUCUCAGGCCCCUGCCCCGUUCUCCUUCGACUUCAGUGCCUUGCUCAGCCCUCACUCGGAAGCCUCCACAGCCUCCCUUUGCAUUGCAUCAGCUUCACACCUUGGACAAGUGGCCACGCUGGGUCUUAGGAGGGCAGAAGGGCACGGGAGACUUGCGGGAAUGUCGGGGGUCCACAGGAAACACUACCCCACCUUCGGCCCCAGCCGCCCCAGCCUGUGAGAACCAUGUGUCAUAAUUGGCCACCACCUGCUUUCUCACUGAGGUCACGUAUUUUCAGCUCUCAUCCCGUCCCUAUGUGUCAUCAUUUUCCAUUUACCUGAAAACGAGACGCCCCUCCUCCAGUUGCCAUUGUGCCCUCCUUCCCGGAGGCCCUACCCUGAGGCAGGCCGGGGGCGGGGGUGGGGGGGGCUCUGAGGCGACCGGCCUGUGGCUCGGGCCCUCCUGGGGUUGCCCCACUGUUUGCCAAAAACUCAAUUAAAACACCUGUACUUACCUUUCUCCAGUCACAUUCCCUUUCGCUUAAUGACAAAGCAAAUUAAAUCAUCCUACUUCCCCAGGCUCCUAAACAAA